UUGAAAAGAUUAAAACUCUCUCAAUCGGCGGGAUCCUCGCCACCACGCCGCCACGCCCACCAGCCUGCCUCGCCGCCGUUACUUCCCCCCUGCCGCGUCACUCCUCCACGGCUCCUUGAUCGUCGCUCCACUGCUCCUUCCUAGCCGCUGCACCGCUCUGCUCGUCGCUCCACCGCUCCUUCCAUUGAUUUUUGGUAUUCUUGUAAGGUGUAUAUGGUUAUAGAAAUUCAAUCGAUAUUAUUGAGCUUCUCCAAUUCACAAAUGAAUGUCGAUUUCUAGAGUUUUGAUUCUCCAUAUUUUCUUCUCAAAUCAAUCGGCGCAUCUCCUAAAAUUUUGAACGGGUAAUUUUAAAGGUGUUUAUGCAUAGGAAAAUUACGUAUCAUCACUUGCAGUGGAAUUUGUGGUUCGUAUUCUUUUCUAGCUUCGCGCUGUUCGUUUUUUAGGUGAAGAAUAUUUCGUGUAUUGAUUAAUUUUAAGAAAUGGAAAUAAAAUAAAAAUUUAUUCUACACAUUUGGAAACUGGAAACGUUCAAACUGAUGAAAAUUCUAGAUUUUAUGUAUCAGUUCAGUUUAUUUUACAAUUUUGAAUAUAAAUACCUGGUUAUUGUUGUCUGCAAUUGAGAAUGCAAUGAGCUGUUAGGGUUAGUGUUGAGGAACUGUUGAGUAUAAUCAGCUGAUCAGGGCAACUGCAUAAUGUUUUUUUUCUACAUUAUUGUGUUCAAAAUAUUAGCUACUUUUUUACAUUUUUAACUGAUAUUUUGCGGAAGCUGGUUGAAAAUUUGCUGCUCAUGUAAUAUUUUAUAAACAGAUUGUUGAAAAAUGGUGCUAAGGAACUGCUCAUAACUGUGUUUAGAUACAGUAAUAGAUUUUUGUCUCGCUGGUGAGUUACUCACGGGAGAAAGAUGCUUGGCAUUUCAUACGGGGAGCUGUUCCUCAUUGUUGGAGCUGCAGCCGCCCUUAUCGGUCCAAAGGAUCUUCCAGUGAUAGCUAGAACGGCUGGGAGGUUAGCUGGGCGCGCAAUUGGAUAUGUUCAAGUGGCACGGGGACAAUUUGAAAGCGUUAUGCAUCAAUCUCAAGCUCGUCAGGUGCAUAAAGAACUACAAGAUACAAUGGCACAACUAGAAGCAAUACGCCAUGAAGUUCGGUCCAUUUCUUUCAUGAACCCUGGUCCCUUGACAACAAGACUUGUUGAUAAUAUUGCUAGUCAACCACCUGUUACAAAUGUGGAAAAGGAAUUUUCAAAACCUCCUCAAGACAGCAAUGUGAGAGUUGAGACCCCGGUUUCCAGUAGCACGACCAAGGAUCACAGUCCCUCGACCUCUUCGCUGUCUGAUGUACAUAGCCAAGCAAGCGCAUAUGCAAGAUUGGCUGAAUCUGCACACUUGACUGCAAAUUCCAUGGACGAUGUUCUUAAUGAGUUAAAGGAUGAUUCUGGUCAGUUCGUUGUUCUACCUAUAUCAGCUGAAACUGCUAAACUGUUGCCCUGUCAAAAAGGUGAUUUGAGUGGAUCCGACUUAUUGUUAGAGGCAGUACUCGAGGAAGAGGUGGCCCGCAAUGCAAAGAGUUUCUUCUCUCAAGCCCAAAUCCAAACAAAGAGUGAAUGAGCAAGUAUAUUUUACCUAAAGCAUGGUAGAUUGCCUUGAGAUUUUGCCUCCCCCCCCCAAAAAAAAAGUCUCAAAACCCGUAAUAUCAAUUGAAUACUGCUCUUGAUAACCUUUAUGCUGCAUAUUACAUUACAUUAGUCUACUUAGUUGUGGCUGAGUUUUGACAGUAUCGCGCAACAAAGCGCAAUCAGGGAAGCAUCAAGCUCGUUGUUUUACUUAAAAUGAUCCGAGCACUGCCCAGCUCAAAAACAUGAAAAAAUUUAUUUAA